AACCUAUAAAUAUUCGAUUGAUCUCAGAGAUUUGUGUGAAAGCAUGCUUUUGGUUUCAAAGACUAGAGUUUCUUUUGGUCAUGCACAUCAAGUGCUCGAUCAAAUGCCUGUCUGGGGUUUAUGGGUUCAUGACAUACGGGGUUGUGACAGGGGUUUUACAAUACAAGUAUGGGGUGUUCUGUGAGGGUGAGAUGUCACAUGCAUUACAAUUGGAGGAUCUUUGGUGUUGUAUCAAAAUUUAGAUUUUUGUUAGCAAGGACAGCAAUAAAGAGGUAAGAAGGGGCAGCAUCAGUAACACGGGUCUAUGUAAGACUAAUUAUGCACAACAACAAUACCUGGUUCACCCUCCACUUGAGGUUUAUUGCAUUGUUAUGUGUUGCUAUGCGCUGAAAUGAGAGACUAAUUGUUUAUAAAAUGUAGCAGGGGAAUGCGCCAUCAGUCCUUGUUCUCUGGUAUUGGCCUUGACAGUUUUUGUUUUGUUAGUUGGGACCCUUUGCUUUGUUUUGUGGUGUGAAUUCUACUUGUAUUAUGAAUUUAGGUACCUUUUUAACCCUUAAUAAAAUUAUUGAAUUACC